AUGGAGCUGAUCCUGGGGCCUGGCCCACCCCUGCCACCACCUUUCAGCCUUCUUCUAUUACUUGGUCUCCUUGUCAUUGGAGUCUGGUCAUUGCUGCCUGGAGAUCGAAGGUGGGAGCUGUUGUCAGCCAAGAUCAGUGAGACUUCAAGGCAGCAAAAAGUACCUGGGAACCAAAAACUCACAAAAGUUCCACCUCCACGCUGGGAAGACAAUCUUCAGAUGGGAUGUACAGGAGCUGACCUGGCCUGUUUUUCAGGACUCCCUGUGGGCUGGGCCCAGAAUUAUACUCUCUGGUCAAUGGAUAGGAGCCUCCAGCAUAUUUUCCAGUGCCUGGACAUUGCAAGAUCCAGCCUUAUGAACUUGUCCUCGUCUUCACAAGUGACCUCAACUUCUUCCUCCAGCUCUUCUAUUGCUGGUCCUGAGGACGUGCAAACCCUGACAUGCUAUGACUGCCACAGCCCAGGGUUUUCUGGAGUCCAGAGAACUUCUUCACUUCACACCAAUCUCAGUGCAACUCAAUCCCUUGCCUAUAUUUUUAGAGAGAACCUACAACACCAGAGCCAUAGUCUACCUAAUCCCUCCAAAAAUUAUUCUGGACAAGCACGGGUGCUCUCUCUGCCUCCUUUUCUGCUUCCUCAAGCUAAAAAAGAUACCACAGGGAAGAAUACCUUUUUGGAAAACUGCACCUGUAACUUCAUUCAAAGGGUCUAUGAGAACAAAGCAUCGGAGGAAGAGAAUGACAGCUGGGUCCCCAAAGAGAUCAGGAAUUCCUUGGAGAUCCAUAUAAGGAGAAAGAUUGCCCAACGUUUGAUACGUCCUCCAAUUUUCAGAACGAUAAAGCUUUCUGUAAGUCCAUAUCCUUUGGCCUAUACUCCUAUCCGAAAGAGGAAGACAACAAAAAAUAGGGAAGGAAAUAGAGUUCUUAAAGAUUCAAAUCCUCCUCCACCUACAGAUCUUCGUGAGAGACCCCAGCUCCCAUGCUGGGCUCCAAUUCAACUUUCACAUUCAGCCCGGUGGGUGCUGGAGGGGCACAUGGCCUGGAAAGUGUGUACACUGAGGGCCCAGAGAGUACCCACAGCUGUAAAGCAGUCAUGGGCAAUGCUGAACCAUAUCAUUAAAGUGCAGAAUGAAGGCCAUAAAUCUCAAAACACUGUAAAGGAUACCAACAAAAAAUCUCCAUAUGUUUCAUGCUGUCUACUUUCCAUGGAUUUGGAAACUGACCACACAAGACCAACAAGUCCAAAAUCAUCCAAAGCAGAUAGCCAGCUCCAGCCAAGACCUCCAUUUAUUACACAGAAUGCCUUUUCCUCAGGAGUGGAUGUCAUCCUAGGGGAAGUCACGUUCCUGCAAGAGGAUGUAAAAAAGAAGUUGGAACUUUGUAUUAAGAAGAAAGUCAAUGGUCUUCUAAAGAAGGUCAUAGGGCAACAAAAGGAGGCCCCAAAGAAGAAUGAAGAAUUGAGUACUGGGGUAGGCACUAUGAGAUUGCUUCAAACUGUGGGAUCUGUGCCAUUGGGCCCAACGACCCAGGUUCAAGUCAAAGACUCUAAAGGAUUGACUCUAGAGUCACAUGGUCAAAUAACAGAUUCUUUGGGGCUGAACUCAGGGCCACAGGUUCAAAAGGCACAGAUUCAAGACACAGAUAAGAUAGAGCUAACUCCAGUGCCACAGAAGCAAGAUGUAGAUUCUUUGGAGCUCAAAAGUUCAAGCUCAAAGGUUCAAGAUAUGGAUUACGUAGCAACAACUCUAGCGCCAGUGAACUAUAAUGCAGAUUUUGUGGAGCUGACCCGAGGAUCACCAGUUCAAGAUAUGGAUUCCAUGGGGCCAACCCCAGGGCCACAGAUUAAAAAUGUGGAUUCGGGAGGGCUGAUCCCAGGGUCACAGGUCAAACUCACAGAUUCCAAGGGGCUGGCCCAGGGGUCACAGGUCAAACUCACAGAUUCCAAGGGGCUAGCCCAAGGGUCACAGGUCAAACUCACAGAUUCCAAGGGACUGGGGCUGAUCCCAGGGUCACAGGUCAAACUCACAGAUUCCAAGGGGCUGAUCCCAGGGUCACAGGUCAAACUCACAGAUUCCAAGGGGCUGAUCCCAGAGUCACAGGUCAAACUCACAGGUUCUAAGGGGCUGAUCCCAGAGUCACAAGUCAAACUCACAGAUUCCAAGGGGCUGAUCCCUGGGUCACAGGUGAAACUCACAGAUUCCAAGGGGCUGAUCCCAGGGUCACGGGUGAAACUCACAGAUCCCAAGGGGCUGAUCCCAGAGUCACGGGUCAAACUCACAGGUUCUAAGGGGCUGGCCCAGGGGUCACAGGUCAAACUCACAGAUUCCAAGGGCCUGAUUCCAGAGUCACAGGUCAAACUCACAGAUUACAAGGGGCUGAUCCCAGGGUCACAGGUCAAACUCACAGGUUCUAAGGGGCUGAUUCCAGAGUCACAGGUCAAACUCACAGAUUCCAAGGGGCUAGCCAAGGGAUCACAGGUCAAACUCAUAGAUUCCAAGGGGCUGAUCCCAGAGUCACAGGUCAAACUCACAGAUUCCAAGGGGCUGGCCAAGGGGUCACAGGUCAAACUCACAGAUUCCAAGGGGCUGGCCAAGGGGUCACAGGUCAAACUCAUAGAUUCCAAGGGGCUGAUCCCAGAUUCACAGGUCAAACUCACAGGUUCUAAGGGGCUCAUCCCAGGGUCACAGAUCAAACUCACAGAUUCCAAGGGACUGGUCCAGGGACCACAGGUCAAACUCACAGAUUCCAAGGGGCUGAUCCCAGGGUCACAGGUCAAACUCACAGGUUCUAAGGGGCUCAUCCCAGGGUCACAGAUCAAACUCACAGAUUCCAAGGGACUGGUCCAGGGGCCACAGGUCAAACUCACAGAUUCCAAGGGGCUGAUCUCAGGGUCACAGGUCAAACUCACAGAUUCCCAGGGGUUGAUCCCAGAGUCACAGGUCAAACUCACAGAUUCCAAGGGGCUGGCCCAGAGGUCACAGGUCAAACUCACAGAUUCCCAGGGGCUGAUCCCAGAGUCACAGGUCAAACUUACAGAUUCCAAGGGGCUGGCCAAGGGGUCACAGAUCAAGCUCAGAGAUUCCAAGGGGCCGAUCCCAGAGUCACAGGUGAAACUUACCGAUUCCAAGGGGUUGGCCAAGGGGUCACAGGUCAAACUCACAGAUUCCAAGGGGCUGAUCCCAGGGUCACAGGUCAAAUUCACAGAUUCCACAGGGCUGGCCCAGAGGCCACAGGUCAAACUCACAGAUUCCAAGGGGCUGGCCCAGGGGUCACAGGUCAAACUCACAGAUUCCAAGGGGUUGAUGCCAGGGCCACAGGUCAAACUCACAGAUUCCAAGGGGCUGGCCCAGGGGUCACAGGUCAAACUCACAGAUUCCAAGGGGCUGAUCCCAGAGUCAGAAGUCAAACUCACAGAUUCCAAGGGGCUAGCCCAGGGGUCACAGGUCAAACUCACAGAUUCCAAAGGGCUGGCCCAGGGGUCACAGAUCAAACUUACAGUUUCCAAGGGGCUGAUCCCUGGGUCACAGGUCAAACUUACAGAUUCCAAGGGGCUGAACCCUGAGUCACAGGUUAAAUUCACAGAUUCCAAGGGGCUGGCCCAGAGGCCACAGGUCAAACUCAAAGAUUCCAAGGGGCUGAACCCUGGGUCACAGAUCAAACUCACAGAUUCCAAGGGGGUGAACCCUGGGUCACAGGUCAAAGUCAAAGAUUCCAAGGGGCUGGCCCAGGGGUCACAGAAUAAAUUCAAAGAUUCUAAGGGUCUGACCCUAAACCCACAUGUUCAAGUCAUAGAUUCUUUAGAGCUGACCCCCAGGCCACAAACUGAAGUUGUAGAGUCUGUGGAAUUGACCUCAAGGCCAAAGUUUCAAGUCAUAGAUCCUAAGCAACCACCUCCAGAGUUGCAGUCACCAACUGGGGAGUCUUUCCAUGUUACCCAGGGCUCCACACCUCUAUACAUUUUAGAUUCUAGUAGGAUUGCCGCUAAGCUGAAACAAGGAGACUUGCAUGAGAACAUAGUGAUUCUAAAGCCCUUUAUUUUAAGAAUGUGUAGCAAAUUUUCCAAGACGGCACAACCUUCAACUCUUCCCAGGCCUCUUUCUGUGCAGCCCUCACAUUCCUUACAGCAAUGGAAGCUGAGCCUUCAGUGCCUAUUCCAUGCUCCUUUACUCCCACUUCGGAAAUCAGGGAAUAGUUUCUGCCAAAAAGGAUUAAGGACCCCAAGAGUCCUAAAACAGCCUGUUUCAAAGAGGCAAGUGAAGGCCCAGGAGCAGCAAAUUUCAAAAGGAAGAGUGGCAAAGAGAAAAUCAUCCUCUAAUACUGCCAUGCUAAGGAAGAACCUGGGGGCUAAGAUGCGGCAAGCACAUCAUAUCCAGGAGGCUCAUGUCCAAAGACCACUUCCAAUUCCCUAUCCAGAUGCCCCAAAUGGGCAUGUUGUCCUACCAAGACAAACGACAGUUUCCCAGAGCUAUCAAGGGAAGAUUAUGGGUAUCCUAUGCGAACUCUGUUGGAAGAAUUUACCCUUCAAUGAACAGCUAGAGGAUUCUAGGCCCAGUACAUCUCAGGACUAUUCUAACUUGACCACAAAAGAAGCCCAAGGAAGCCGUGAACCUAUGGAGGAAAGGAAGGAAAGGGAACAAGUCCCCUCAGAGUUAAGUGAGCUACCUCAGAAUACAAGUGCACAGCUGCCUUCCUCCCACAAGAUAUCUAGUACUGAGCAGAAACCUGUUUCAGUGGAGCAGAAUGAAAAACCAGAUACCAGCUCACAGAUAAGAACUUUUGAAUCUCAGCCUCUGACAGUAACUUCUUCCCAUGAACAGACCCAGCAACUACAGGACCUGCAGCUGAAAAUAACACAACAGCUCCUAAAGAAUCAACUGUCUCCCCAUUUCACUCCAUCCCAAACUACAGGUAUGGUUCUACAGUACCCUAUCUGUCUGCAGUGUGGCAGAUGUUCAGGCCCCAGUUGCCCCCACAAGUUCCAUGACUCUGUUGGGCCUUGGCUUGUUAUCUAUCCACAGCUCCACCUUUUUCGUAACUCUGAGGGACACGGGGAGUUUCGGGUUCAUCUUGGCUUUAGGUUAAGAACCCGAAACCAAACCCAAACUCCAAAGCAGCAAAGAGAAGUAGGGUCUUUGGUGUCAAUGAAAUGUGCAUCAUCACAGUCUGACCCAUCAGAGAAGAGAAAGGAUGAGGUCUGUACCUGUCAUGUCAUGAAGAAAAAUCUUACUCUAAACCCCUGCCCUAAUAAAGAUUUAGGACCUGAGCCUUUCCAGAAUCCUGAGCGUUCUGAAAACCCUGAACCUAUUCAAGUUCAUAUCAAAAGAAAUUUACCUGGCAGGCGAGUAGAGGUUGCAAAAACAGAAAGUGGAGAGCCUGAGCAAUAUGACUUUACAAUACAUUCUUUACUGGACACUGAUAUCGAAGAUGGCUGGGCUAGCAGUGAAGCUAAACGGAUCCCUGACUCAGAACAAGUGAAGACCCCCAAGGAAAUCAGAACUACAACUCAGAAAAUUGAAAGAGUGCCGAGACAGAGUACUCCCAAGGAUAGAAAGAUACAUCCAGAGGGAAGGACUAUGGAGGCCCAGAAAAUAGCUCCUCCAAGCACUCCUUCUGAGAAGUCCACAGGACUCAUGCAAUGGCUCUGCCUCAGUAUAAAGAGAGCACUUGGUAUGGCUUAUCCACCAAAGCCUUCAUUCCAACAGAUACAUGCUUCUAGGGCAAGGCCAUCCAGGCAACAAGGUUCAGUUUUCCUUGAACAAUCUCAUGUACAACAUGGUUCCAAAAAUGAGGGGAAGCAGGGGGUCAAGCCUCUAAAUACAACUCGUCUAGCCACUAAAAUGGAAAGGAAGCCAGAGAGAGAUGGCAAGGAAACAGAAGCAUUCAGACCACUAAAUAGGGCUCCAAAGACACCUUUGAGUCGCGCCGUGAUGACGUUUCUGAAGUAA